AUGGUUUGCACCCGGGCCUUCUUCCACCUCCUCCUCGCCACCGCUGUCUUCCUGUACGCGUCCGCUACCGACGAGGCCUCCGUGGAGACGCGCUCGCUAGAUUUCACGUUGAAAAGCCAACAGGAGAAAGCGCUGAUUGAUGCUUUACAAGAAGUCUUGGAGAAGCUGAGGAGCAAAGAAAUACCCUCUGAGAAAAAACUGGGCUGGCUGCCCUCUUGUGACGCGGGGGAGCCAUGCGCCGUGCGUAAAGGAUCCCGUAUCGGCACACUGUGCAGCUGUCCCCGGGGGACUUCCUGUAACUUUUACGUCCUCAAGUGCUUGUGAGAGGAAACAAAUGCAUUGGUGUGCAUACUGUAUACCGCAAGUGUUUGUUGUUUUUGUGACAAGGCGGAAUGUUGAUGGAUUGAAAUGAUGUGUGUCAUUAAACUGUAGGAGUGUCUUGUUUUUUUUUUUUUUUUGUACAACUCAAUAGUGUAUUGUUUUGAAAAUGUGUCAAUACUUUUCCUCGGGGGCAACUUGUGUUAUUUUAGCAAUGUGAUCCAAUCAAAUCUAAGAUAAAUGCACGUUUUGUCUUAAGUUGUUGUCAUAAAAGUGAAGGGAAAAAAAACCCAAUUGCAUUUACAUCCUUGACAUUGAAGUAUGCAAGUGACCUCGCGGCAUAAUAUUUGAUAAAAAAAGAAAAAAAACUAUUUGUAAUAUUCUAUCAACACCCAAAUGAUAAUGGAAAGCACAUUUUCAUUUGCGAUAUAGAAAACAAAUAAAUACAUAGCAAUAAUGAGCAAUAUAUUAGUAAAAGGCGGCACGGUGGCCGACUGGUUAGAGCGUCAGCCUCACAGUUCUGAGGACCCGGGUUCAAUCCCCGGCCCCGCCUGUGUGGAGUUUGCAUGUUCUCCCCGUGCCUGCGUGGGUUUUCUCCGGGCACUCCCUUUUCCUCCCACAUCCCAAAAACAUGCAUUAAUUGGAGACUCUAAAUUGCCCAUAGGCAUGACUGUGAGUGCGAGUGGUUGUUUGUUCCUAUGUGCCCUGCGAUUGGCUGGCAACCAGUUCAGGGUGUACCCCGCCUCCUGCCCGAUGACAGCUGGGAUAGGCUCCAGCACGCCCGCGACCCUAGUGAGGAGAAGCGGCUCAGAAAAUGGAUGGAUGGAUAUUA